CUUCAAGUCGAAACGAAAACGCUCCACCUCCCGUUCGACAAUUGGGCGCCUGAAAAUCGUUUCCACGCAAUGGUCAACGCACGUCCGGCGACCCACCACUGCCCGAUUUACAAGCCGAGAUGUUUCUGCUGCGCGGGGGUUUUGGAGAACGGGAAAGAUAAUUGGAACAGGGGGACGAAUGAUGGGUGGAAAUACCAGCUCUCGAGUAUGAUUUUUGAGUUUGAAAAAUGUUAUACUUAACGAUGCUUUGGUAACAAGCAACUCGCCCGAAGUGAAGUGCGAAAGGGUGGUUUAGGAUUUAGGAACUUCGACUUAAUACAAGUAAAAUGCAAAAGGGUAGUUUAGAAUUUAGCUGGUACUUCGACUUGCUAAUCAAUAUGGCUGCCGGAAGAUUUUCAUCGCGCAUAUUAGUGAUGACUCUUCUGCUACAUGCAACAUCUUUAUGCAAAAUUUAUGAAAAUCGAUAUCAAAUAGAUAAAGAUGAACAUGCAUCAACAGAAUUUGCUCAAAUUAUGCUAUCAGACUUCAACCCCGGCAUAUCCCACGGAAAAAGUGUUACAGUUACACAUUUGUAGUCAAUUCAGCAACACAAAUUUCUCUGCAUGAGAGAGAACACUUGUAAUGCAAAAAUCCUACGGGAAAAUACCUAUGAAACGAGGCUUCUAUGCGUAUCCGGCAUGACAGAGCUUGUCUGUCUUGCUUGGCCUGCAACGCAAUGUGUAACUGUAACACUUUUUUCUUGCGAUACGGCACCGGUUCCUUCGCUCGUGGUCCCGACGCGGACAACGACAAAGUCGACGGGAGUAUCAACCGUAAAAAUGUCUGGGUCUGGAAGGGUGUAAACUUGUCAUGCAGGUUUUCCAUGACCCAUGAGGUCUGGCAUGCGGGACCUAGCACGACAGAGCUUGUGAGGUCUCUGCCAUCCCUAUCCUGCAUGAGAGACUCCCCCCCCCCAGCUUGGUCGUAAGUCGACAACUUUUGGCAGUCAUGCAACACAGAUUUUUGCAUGAUUCGGCUUUAGCAUGACAAGUUGCAACCUUCCAGACCCAGACACUUUUGCAAUCCAUAGGGAGCGGCAAUUUAGGAAGAGCCGGCCACAACGAGAGCGGCAACUUGCAAUGCACGGGCGCGGGGUGCAUGAAGUGCUACCACAUGAACUGCAUCGUCGGGA